AUGUUGAUACGACUGGAUAACCUCACCGAGCAAGCCCGGCUACUCAUCAAUAGCCGGCUGGACGACCUUGACUCGUCUCUACAUCAGCAAAUCAACAAAGCCAUCCACUCCCAUCCCGAAACCGCAUACGAAGAAUUCUUUGCCCACGACACCAUCGCCAAAUACCUGCAGGACCUCGGCUUCCGGGUCACAAAGCACGCCUACGGCCUCAAGACUAGCUUCGAAGCUUCACUCGGCUCCGGUGGACGGCAAGCCGUCUUUUGCGCCGAAUAUGAUGCUCUGCCAGGCAUUGGACAUGGUUGUGGUCAUAAUCUCAUCGCUACAGCAUCCGUUGGUGCAUUCCUUGGUGCAGCUCACGCUCUAGCAACGUUGAAGAUCCCUGGCCGUCUUCGUCUCUUGGGAACUCCAGCUGAAGAAAACGGCUGCGGCAAGGGCAGGCUGAUAGAAGCCGGUGCUUUUGAUCCUCCGGAAGAGGUCGCCGCCGCCAUCAUGGCACAUGCGGUCCCUGCGUCCCUAAUCGGUUCAGACACGGGCGUGGCAGGCCUGAGAUUAAUCUCGAGUCACCAGUUCCGUGUUGAAUUCAGAGGACAUGCAGCACACGCAGGCGGAGAACCAUGGAAUGGUGUGAAUGCCCUUGACGCGGCUGUGGCGGCGUACAGCAACGUGUCUCUUCUUCGACAGCAGAUCCAUCCUGAUGAACGGAUCCACGGUGUUAUUGAAGAUGGUGGCACAAUCCCUGGCGUCAUUCCUGACUACACUCGGAUGCACUGGAACGUGCGAAGUCCAACCAUGGAACGAGGGGAGAAGCUCCUACAGCGAGUCAAGGCUUGCUUGGAAGCUGGUGCUGCCGCAACAGGUUGUCGGAUCAACUACAUCUUGCAAGUUCCUAGCUUCAAAAUCAAUCUUGCAGCGUUACUGACAGUCUGUAGUUCUCCAACUUAUAUGGACCUGAGAGUCAACCAAACACUCUGUAAAGCCUACGUCCAAGACAUGGCACGACUCGGACAAACCGUUGCCUUAAACAUGGCCGAGCCAGCAACAGCUUCGACAGACAUGGGCAACGUAUCCUAUCUAGUGCCCAGUUUCCACGGCGCUUUCACCAUCACUUCGGAUCCCAAUGUAGCCAUCCAUAGUCCCAAGUUUCGCGAGGCGGCCAGCACGGAUGAGGCUCAUGCCACGGCGAUAAAGACAGCCAAGGGGAUGGCAAUGUUGGCGAUGAGGGUAUUGAUUGAGGAGAAUAUUGCAUCUGGAGCCAGGAGAGAUUUUGAGACUGACCAUUAG